GAUCCAAAUAAAACUGACCCCUUUUGAUUUUACUGAUUUACUUCAUCCUCAUAUACUUUUUGAAUAUCUUACAGAAUCUUUUUUUCCUCUUUGCUUUUCAUCUUUCUCUGAGGAUAAAAAGCCUAGGCACCGUGCGCCCUUGCCCCCUGCUUUCUCCACUACCUCCCAAUUAUCUUCCUCUCUUUUUCCUCACUCUCACUUUCCUGUACCCUCAUUUUUCUCCAUUCCCACACAACGCCUCCAACCUCUUCGCUUUCUUCUUACUAUAUCUUCCAUCAGUCAACACCUGUGCCGUUCAAAAAGUUCAAAAUAUGCAAUCAUUCAUCUCCUCUCUCAUCUCUCUCCUCCUCUUCUCUACAUUACCCGUUUCCUUCGCUGGCCUUCUCGCUGAACCGGUGACCGUUCCCGCUUUCCCGGUUCAGACCCAGACCCCCACCUGCCGUCUCGACCUCUCCAAGGAGUUGUUCGGCGGCGUCAGUGACGCUUGCGGCAAGAACCUCGACCGCAGCCGCUGCUGUCCGGUUCUAGCCGCUUGGCUCUUUGCGGCUCACGCCCGGUCGGCCCUGGAGGUGCCGGCUCCGGCUCCGGCUUCCGCAUCCGGUGGCGACCUUCUUCCAAUGAUGCCAGACGACUCCCAGAAGUGCGUAAACUCGCUCCAAGACUCGCUCACGAGUCGCAACAUUCGGAUUCCGCAGCCCAACGCCACCUGCGACGCCGUCCUCUGCUUUUGCGGCAUUCGGCUUCACCAGAUCACCUCUCUCAGCUGCCCUGCCGCCUUUAACGUCUCCGGAGUCCACAACGGCAACUCCUCCGGGACCCACAUGGCCACCCCAACUUCUGCCGUGAAGAAUUUAGAGAAGAAUUGUCGCAACUCUUCCUAUGCUGGUUGCACCAGAUGCCUCAAUGCCCUUCAAAAGCUGAAAGGGAAUAGGAACGGGACUAAGAACGGAGGGGGAGACAGGGCGAGCAAGAUGUUCAACCGGGACUGCCAGCUGAUGGGGCUGACGUGGCUGCUGGCGAGGAACAAGACGGUGUACAUACCGACGGUAUCGGCGGUGUUGAGGGCCAUAAUGUACAGCGCGCACCCACACGAAUCCAAGUGUAGUCCGGACCAGGAGAACAUGCCUCUGGCCGUUGAUUCGCUGCAGUUCGAGAAGGGCGAGGCGCCAUCGUCGCCGUUGAAUCUCGGGGUCACGCUUCUUCUGCUGUUCAUCAUUCUCGUGUGCCCUCUGGUUUAGGGGUACAGUUGGUGGGAUGCUCUGCUGCGUUCCGCACUGUUUCUUGGUGGGAUCUGUCGGGGUCACGUGGAUGUAUAACACCACCGUUUUGGAUGGACUUUUUGUCGUUUUGUUCUUCUGUACAUUGCUCUUCCUCCUUUCCAGAUAGAUAAGAUGUGUCUGUAUAUGGGCGCGAGCAUUUCUUGGCUUAGCUGCUCCCAUUUUGCUAAUUCUUUUGCUUUACUAAAAUAUAUAUAAAAUCACCAUUCCUACUUUAA